AUGGUGGUUUCAGUUGGGUCCCAUAUAAACGGAUACACGGUAAUCGAAACUCUUUAUAAUCAUGACCACCUGGAUAUUUUUGAGGUAGUAGAUAUUCAACAGAAGAGACAUGUUCUAAAGAUGUACAAGAAAGAGAUUUCUCCUCGAGCUGAUCAGAUAGAGGAAGCGUCAAUUAAUCGCUUUCUAUGGCAUGGUAUAAGGUGUGCAGUUCACAAUGAUGAGUGCAUUGCAAAGAAGGACUACUUCAAUUUGAAAGGCAGCGAUGAAUCCAGUAGGGCUGGUCCCGUCAGGAGACAAAGCGGCGGUAUAGUAAGAACCCCCAUGCCAUGCGAACAAAGUCGUGAAGAAGAGGAUGAAGAAGAAGAAGAUGAGGAUGAUGAUGAGGAUGAAGAAGAGGAUGAAGAAGAAGAAGAUGAGGAUGAUGAUGAGGAUGAAGAAGAUGAGGAUGAAGAAGAUGAUGAGGAUGAGGAUGAGGAUGAGGAUGCACAAGAUAGUGAAGAAGGUGAAGAAAGUGAAGAUGACGAAGAACUCAGUCCUGUGGUGCACAUAGUGACUCCAGGCGAUAGUGAUAGGCCAAGACCUAUUUUACUGCAUGGCAACGGCACUCAUCAAAGAGAAUCGAGUCGGGUGAACAUUCAGAGUCCGGUACAGAAGGCAUUCCAUUUAAGGCAUAGAGAUUUACCAAGAACUCCGAUGCCAGGAGUGCUACGAACAGACGACCCCAGUGAGACUCAAAGAUCCAUCGACCAAGAAAAAUGUAGAUUUCAGCUGAAGAUGAUCUCCAGUUCGAUGUUGAAAAGAAGAAGUGCCAAAAGUAUGGCCAUGUAA